UGUAGCAAUAGCCAACAAUACAUUGUAUGGGUCAAACAUAUAGAUUUGUACAUUCUUAGUACCAAAAAUACAUAUCAAUAUCAUUUUUGAUUAGUAACAUACAUUGGACUUCAUUUGGUAACUUUUAAAUAUGAUUUUUUCUAUAUUUCUACCUUAUGCACCGUCAGAUUCCUGAUUUUCAAAUAGUUGCAUCUCAAAUAUUGUCCUAUCCUAUCAUAUUGAGCUAUUUAUUCAGCUUUCAGGUUAUGUAUACAUUUCAAUUAAAAAAAAUGUCCCUGGUUUUGUGGUCCAGAGACACAUUUCACUACCUGUCAAGGAUAGUUUUAGAGUUCAUUUUCUAUUCACACCGAGUAGGACCCACAAAUUUCUCGAAAUUGCCAUCUUUAUAUCUUUUAGUAAGACAGCAAUGAUUUGUCACUCCCUGACUACUGUUGGAACCACAGAAAUAUAAAUAUAGUUUUCAUAUUACCGUAGCCAUAAGAACUCAUUUCUAGUUUGCGCAAAGGCUGGAUCACAUCUGAGAACAUCUUUAUGCCAAACCACAUGAUAAUUGUCAGCAAUUUGUGAGGUAUGUGUAGAAGAUGAGACGGUUUGAUAGUAAAUGGAGAUUGAGGUGAGAAGGGUUUAGGGAAGAGAGGGCGGAGGAUCCAGUCGUUGGAAACACUCCCACUGCGUAAGCGUGUAUCUUGGAGGGAAGGAGGUCACCCGUGUUCAGACUAUGCCUUUAACGCGAGCAGCGCACAGGCUAAGAAUAUCACAGCUCACUGGGAUCGCACAACUUCACAAUUCACUACUCUGGUGAACAAAUCAUACAAUUUAGAAACAUACAUUUUGGGAUUUUUCAGGAGUCUUGGAUUUUUCCACUCAUUGGAUUAGGCCUAAAUAUUCCAACCCCAGCAUUGAUGGAUUACUGCAAGGGAGUUUUGUAGCUUUUUGCUCUUCAGUGAAACAUUAAGGAUUUCCUCGGUUUGGAGUCGCGACUCAUCUUCUCAAAAGGAGCAAAGCAGGUGUUGCGUUUGAUCCAGAAACCUUUGAAGAAAAACCCUUUGAAACCUAACAUUUGUGAGGCCCUCUCUUUUUAUAUUUACUCUAGCUAAAGACUUUAAUUUCACUUUGUGCUUAGUCCUUCCAACUUCGAGAUCGCGGCCGAAGCGAGUUGAAGACCUGUUUGUUUUCUCUUCCAGUUUCUAGGAUAUCGUUUGCCGUCCAUCUCCGUAAGCACACUGUAGAUUAUGAGAGAAGCCUGCGGUUUGGUAAAUAAAGUGACAGCAUGAGGAACGACUCUCAAAAGGCGAUAAACUGAGUGGCUUGUAGCAGUAAACAUUGCACUCUCCCAAAUAAUGAUGACUGCUGUGGAAUCUGAGUGGCUUAGACGUCUGAGUGUCGUUCAGAGUUGAACUUCAAGACGGUAGUCAGACCAUUCCAGAGAAGACCGACGUCGGGUAAACACCUAGAGGUUUUGGAGGGACAAACACCAUCUUUAUAGACCGCUGCGUUGGAACAGAGCUCUUCCGCAGCACCAAUGGACAAACGAGAGCGUGUGGUUGAGUUUGUGUCCUCACACCGCAGCAGAGGGAGGAAGGAGAGCUGUGGCAGCCGAACCCGAGGCCGCCAGAGACUGUUUCCUUUGCCCGUCCUCCUCCUCGUCUGCAUGCUGCUGUGUGUUUGGGCUCAGGUGGAAGGAGUGGUUCAUUCCAGCUUCCGCAGACUCAGCGGUCGUGAAAAGAAGGAGAUGCAGAAGGAGAUUUUAUCCAUUCUGGGUUUACCCGGCCGGCCCAGACCUCACCCACCGCUGCGGCCCCCUUCCUCCGCCCCUCUCUUCAUGCUGGACCUUUACCAUGCCGUGUCGUCCGAGGCCGACGAUGGACCGGGUUUGGGAUUCACUCCGGAGGGGGUCAGUCACGCGGCGCUGCCCACCUUAAGCACACACACACCGCCCCUCGGCACGGUGGUUAGCGAGGCCGACACGGUUAUGAGCUUUGUCAACCUGGUGGAGCAGGAGAAGGAUCUGCUGCAGCCUCGGCCGUACUGGAAGGAGUUUCGCUUCGACCUCACUCCGCUUCCUCAGGGAGAGACCGUCACCGCUGCCGAGUUUCGCAUCUAUAAAACUCUAACCGUGGGUUGGCGUGCAAACCGCACCCUCCAUAUCUCUGUCUAUGAAAUCCAGAGGGAGAAAAGACACAGGGAGCCUGAGCUGGUGCUGCUGGACAUGCAGUCUGUGCCUGCGGGUCAAGAGGGCUGGCUGGCAUUUGAUGUGACUUCUGCGAGCAAUCGCUGGCUCCUCCACCCUCGGAGCAACUUGGGCAUCCGCCUUUAUGUGGAAACUGAGGAGGACCGGUCGUUGUCAGCUGCAUGGGUGGGUCUGGUGGGUCGACGCGGGCCGCGCUCUAAACAGCCUUUCAUGGUGACGUUCUUCAGAGCCAGUCAAGCCCCUUGCCGCCCACCCCGUGCUCUGAGACACAACAAUCCACGCAAGAAAAAACCCAAGUACGACCUGCCACACCCAAACAGACCCGGCAUAUUUGACCAAAAUCACGCCAGCAGCGGACGCCAGGCCUGUAAGAAACACGAACUCUACGUCAGCUUCAGCGACCUUGGCUGGAAGGACUGGGUUUUGGCCCCUACAGGUUAUUCUGCGUAUUAUUGUGAUGGGGAAUGUGAUUAUCCUCUGGGCUCUUGUAUGAAUGCCACAAACCACGCCAUGAUCCAGCUACUGGUUCACCUUUUAAGACCAGAUGAAGUGCCCAAAGCCUGCUGCGCUCCAACCAAACUCAGUCCCAUUUCUGUGCUCUUCUAUGAUGACAACAACAACGUUAUUCUCAAGAAACAUCGAAACAUGGUGGUCAAGAACUGCGGUUGUCUAUGACCUCUUGUGCAUUCGAGUUUUAAAUCCGAAACAAAUGUAGAUGUAUUAUAAUACUCAGAGGCACCCUUUGUAAUAUACAGUCAUUCAAAUUUUAUUUAGCCAGAUUUGAGCGUUCUUGCCUGUCCCAAAUGAUUGACAAAUGAUAGCUGUUGAUGUGUCAUGAUGGUUUAUCAGCAUAUGCGUCACAAUUUUAUUUAGGAUUGGAAUCUGUUACGUCCAGAGCCGUAAGGUUCUGUUGUCGUUCCAGAGUUUCUCUCUCUCCCUGUGUGUGUGUGUGUGUCUCUCUCUCCUCACAGAACCAGUGUCCCCACCUGAAGCUGAUAAUUAGCGCUCUGCUGUGAUUGGGUGAUGAGAGAAGAGAGAGAGUACUUAAGCUACAGCUGUCCUCAGACUAGCGGCUGGUGGUGGUUGAGGACGACAUGUGGCUCGUCCAUAGAAGCCUUGUUGCUAGUGCUUUUGGUGUACAUUUCUCUUAAAUGUGUUGAGAUCGUUGAAGUAGAAAUCUUGUUUUGUCACAGUGAACACUUCUGUGUUUGAGGCCUUGUAAAGAGAAGUCAGUGUUAUUUUUAGUGAUCCCUUAAAGAUCGAGUCCAUUUUUGUUUUUUUGGGGGUUAAGUAGGAAAGUGGGUGCCAUUUUUGUUUGUAUUACACUUUUUCUCCUAGUUUAGGGAGUUAAUUUAACCUGCUGUAUUUUCUUUUCUUUUCAGUUUAAUUAGAUAAAUUAAGUUAGUUUCCCUGUGUUUGUUAUUUUGGUCUUGGCCCCUUCUUUGUUGCCAUUUUGUUUAGAAUUAUGUAAAUAAAAAAAAGAACUUCUUGUUACUUCCUGGCCGUUAUUGUAGCCUUUCUCUUCUGAGUUUUUGAAGACCGAUUCCUCAGCCGUCGCACAGUGUCUGUCUCGCCACCAACCGCUUAUUUCCCUAGACCAUCUUGGACUGUAACUAAUCCAUCCCAUAAUAAAAAAAAUACAUAUUUUGCA